AUGCUAACCAGUUUGCCUGCUGUUGCCUUCCUUUUGGUUGUCUUUUCCUCCAGUCCAAUUUCGGUGGGAUUUCUGAUUGGAAAGGGAACUGCUGUGCUGUGUCCAAUUGUGUCCACCUGUUUGAUGCCGUUAUUGAAAGUUGAUGAGAAGUUCACCCUACUUGGCUUUGCUCUUGUCUUCUUUUACUCUCCAAAUAUCUGUUUCUCAUCCUUCUACCACCUACCAGCACCGUUCCAGAAGAUACACAAACGUUUUCUAGUGACUCACGGAGCUAUGAUAUUUUUAUUGAUAAAAAACUAUAGAGCAGAGACCGCCGGGAUUUGUUUUAUGCAAGCUGUAAUGUGGCUUUUGUCAUUUGUGGCGAUCCAUGAGUUUUCGAGUGUUUAUUGGGCUGAUUUGAGAUUGAGGGAGGAUUUUUUGAAUUUUGAUUACGAAGAGGAGCAGGACAUUCCCGGUGCAGAAGCCGAUUACGAUUUUCCAGUCGUGGAGCAAGAACCGGAAAUCCAAAAUGAUGGUCAAAAUAUAGAGGAUCACAAUUUAGAAGCACCACACGAACUUCUUCGAAAUAUGGAGCAGCUCAUAAAGACCCCAAGCGGAUGUGAAUGCAAAAUCUGUCUUGUUGAGUACAGUACCACCAGGAUUCCGAGAAUGCUCAGCGGGUGCGGACACACGAUUUGUGAGAAGUGCGCUGGUCAAUUGUUGAAAAAUGGUAGUACAUCAUUCAUUACAUUCUACAAAGCCAGUAGGUCCAUUAGAUGCCCAUUCUGUCGGGAGGGUACUGUAGUGAGAGGCAGCGUGCAGCAGAUGCCAAAGAACUAUGAGUUGAUGAAAGUUAUUGGGAUUUGA